UGAUCUACAUCUACGCCUUUACAACGAAAAUCAGCUUCGAAUAUAACCUACGAAAAGUCAAGAAAGACAACCCGUCGGCAUUCAUCGCAAUGACUCGGGCGCUGGUAUAUGCGUCCUCACUGGCCGCAUUCGUCGCGGCAUCGGCUCUCACUCUAGUGUCGAUUAUCAUUCCGCGGUGGAUAUCCUAUCGCGACACAUUCGUCGACGGUACACCCAUAACGUAUACCUACGGCCUCCACCGGCGCUGUUCGAGCACAACAGGAAAAUGCACGCACUUCCCGACGUAUGAAGACUGCCACGGCAGCGACCGCUACUUCUGCAGUAUGUGGCGGUCCGUGGGCUUCCUGAUGUCCCUCGCGGUCGUGCUCGAGGGCGUAGUGAUCAUUGCGUUUAUCGUUGUCCUCCUCGGCGGCCGCGCUACGAGGGAGAGGGGCUGGAAGCUCAUGAGCUUUUUCUUACUCCUCGUCGCGGUCCUCCAGUGCACGUCAAUGUCCCUGGUCGCUUACCUCUACGACUGGGACGAUAGAUUCUUUGUCGGGUGGAAGCUGGAUAUCAGCUGGAUUCUUACCACCGUCUCGUGGUGCAUGGCCCUGACUUUGUCGGCGUGUCUGGCGCUCAGCGCGAUGCUGUUGCCGCCGGAGGAGGGGUACGAGCUUAUCAAGUGAUGACGGUGGGGUUAUGUGCUAUGAUGUUGAUGAUUGAGAAUUUGUGGUGUUUGCUGCCGCCUGAUUG